UGCUCUGGCUGCCAGGUAGGCCCCGCCGGGACGGAUCCCCCGCUUCUUCUACCGAAAUCGUCGUCUCCGACGCACCAGAGUCGCGGCGGCGGUAACCUUCCCCGCUCCUUCUACUUAAUCAACCCCACCGUCGGAUGCGACGGCGACGGAGACAGCGUCAAUGGCGUCCUCCUCAGCUGCCGAGCCCGGCACCCGCCUCUCCGAUCGAACGAGGAGGUCGUCGCUGGGCUUGAGGGUCAUGGUGUUCCUGAUGCACGUGGUGUUCGUCGGCGCCGUCUUCAUCCUCGAUCCGACCGUCGACAGGCGAAUCCACGAGGAGCCUUGGUAUAUUGGGGUGUAUGGAAUGCUUGUUCUGCUCACACUAGUGCAGUACUUUUACACAGCUGGCUCAUCUCCAGGGUAUGUUAUCGACAUGAUGAGAGCUGAUUCCACGAUGCAUGCAACCUUCGUCAAUACUGCCGCUCUUUCAAAGCAAUCCAGUUCAAGAAAUGCAAGCAUAAAUUCCCCGACGAGCCGUGCUCAACUACAGAAACUUAGCGUGAUGACUGCUACAUCUUCAUGGCCGCAGCUGGUUAUGGAUCUAUAUCCUCUAGGGUCAAGCAGCAGGGAUUGGACUUGCACUUAUUGCAGGAUCAUUCAGCCACCUCGUACCAGGCACUGUCAUGACUGUGAUAAAUGUGUCCUCCAGUUCGAUCAUCAUUGCAUAUGGCUUGGAACAUGCAUUGGCAAAAAGAACCAUUGCCGUUUUUGGUGGUACAUAUUUGAAGAAACAGUCCUUUGUAUCUGGACUGUUGCUCUCUACAUUGAAUCACUGCGGUUAUCUAUUGACAAGGCCUGGUGGAAGGAUUUUGUUGGUGUAAUUAUGUUGGCAGUAUUGAUCUUUAUCCUCAUAUUCCUACUGCUAUUGUGGCUGUUCCAUUCGUACAUUGCUCUUACAAAUCAAACCACUUAUGAAGUUGCCAGAAGGAAGCGGAUAUUCUACUUAAGGGGAGUCCCUGACAGAGUUCAUCCAUUCAGUAAAGGCCUCAUUAGAAAUAUCUAUGAUUUCUGCUCCCCUAGUCAGAAUGGAUUUGCUCUGGAAGCUGUGCCCUCGCUUGAGGAGCUGGAAGCCAGUGCUACUCGUUACACAUGCCGAGAUAUAAUUUGCUGCCGUUGCUGCUGAUAUCUUGUACCAUAGCAUUAUGCCCCUCUAGCCUGUUCUGUAAUUCUUUCUUCAGCCUUUCGCUAAUGGAAGCAUAUUUUUAAUGAGUUGCAUCCGUUACAUGUCCUUAGAGUUCAUAAUUCUUGUAUAGUUCCUGUACAUUUUUACUCAGGAAAUGUGUGGUCCGAGAUCCAGUUGUCGACAGUUGUCUGUAUGGCCUUUCUUUUCAAGAAAGGAGGGGAGGCAUCCUUCGUGCAUAAUAAUUAGGCUAUGAGGAGAGAGAAUUUCUUUGUACUUGUAUCGAAAUGUACAUUCGAGGUGUGGUUAUUAUAUCGACACUCUUGAGCCUUUCCUUU